UCCAGAAAUGGUCGUCCGUUUCCAUUUCUUCUUCUGUGGCCUUCCAGCGAUUAUUUCCAAGUCGGUUAGGCAUCUUCAGUGGCCAUUCAUUGGUUAAAAACAAAGCUCUUUGGUUCUCAAGUCUUUCAGAUCAUGUCUUCUCAACAAGAAAGAGUAGCUAUAGUGGGUUCCGGUAACUGGGGCUCAGCAGCUUCCAGGUUGAUUGGCAAAAAUGUUCGAAAAAGUUCCCGUUUCGAGGAUCGAGUCAAUAUGUGGGUAUACGAAGAAGUAGUGAAUGGUCAAAAACUGACGGAGAUAAUAAACACCCAACACGAAAACAUCAAAUAUUUACCGGGUUACAAGUUGCCAGAAAAUAUUGUGGCAGUACCCGACAUAGUGGAAGCAGUAAAGGGUGCUACGGUAUUGGUAUUUGUAGUUCCCCAUCAAUUUAUUCGCAAUCUAUGCAAACAAAUGAAAUCAGCCAUUUCUAAACGCUGUAGAGGAAUCAGUCUUAUCAAAGGAAUCGACUUUAAUGAAUCUGGUCCUCUGCUGAUCACAGAUAUUAUCAAAAGUGAACUGAAUAUUCCAAUGUGUGCUUUAAGUGGUGCGAAUAUAGCGAAUGAAAUAGCAGCAGAAGUGUUUUGUGAUAUAUCCAUUGUUUGCUUUAAGUGGUGACGAAUAUAGCGAAUGAAAUAGCG